UUCACAGGUUAGUUACCUACAUCUUUGUCUAUGAAGACCUGAUAUCCUUGACCUGCGGUGCCAUCAUCAUCUGGUAUUUUGCUGGCAGCUUCGAGAAGAAUGUGGGCACCGUGAAGCACUGCUUCUUCACUGCUGCGUUUGCUGUCCUCACAGCUCUUCUGUACCUCUUGCUCGAGACUGUUGUCUCCAGGAUGGGAGAGGUGGAAGAUGCCAAAGGAUUCAUGCCAGUAGCAUUUGCUACACUGGGGGUGUCCACCACCCGCUCACGGAUGAAGAGGGCUCUGGUUUGGGGGUUUAGGAUCCCGGUGGUGCUGGUGCCGUGGUUUAUGCUCUGCAUGGCCUGGUUUAUCCCCCACUCUUCUCUCCUGAGUAACCUGUGUGGGCUCUUGGCUGGGGAAGCCUACGGUCUUGGAUACUGUUUCUGCUUGGAUAUUCCAGAGUCAAUGGCCUCCAAGUUGGAUCAGAUGUUUCCUUUUAGUCUGCUAAGAAGAAUACCAGGGCUAAGAUACAUUCCAGGGACCUUAGCGGAGAGAAGAGCCUCUGAAAGCAGCAAGUAA